CAGAUGCAGUUGACAUGUCAGCAAGGUAAAACCAUACUUUCUUUAUUUAGUUGUCACUUUAAAAGUAACGCUGUUUUAUGAAUGUUGAGUGAGUAAACAGAAAAGAGCCGAAAUGAUUUAAAAUUCUUGGUAUUAAUUUCAGGCAUUUAAGAAUAUCAGGGCAGAUAAAUUGGUGUGAUUUUGGUUUUCAGUAUAAAUUCAUAUUGGUUCAUCCUAUGCUGAGCUCACUGUGAUUCUGGGUGGAAGCGGCAGGCUUUAGUUCAUAUCCUAGACAUCGGAGUCCUGAAUCAGGGUUUCCUCUUUCUCCCAGUCCAUCACGUCCUUCUGCUGCAGGUCUUUCGUUUCAUCUUCCAGUGACACAGUGAUGUCCAGUUUGAUCAGAGAUUUGUCUUUCAUCCUUUGACAAAAUGGCAAUCUCUUUGAAUAAAGAGAUGAAUGGAGAAGUCACUGUCUUUUCCACAGGUUUCUUGGUUUAAUUUCUGUGAGGUGCUGAGCUGAAGGUGGUUAGUGAAGUCUUUGUGGUUCUUGUCUUAGAUGGUAGCGAUGGUAUCCUCUCCAGCAGUGAAAAACCUUUUAUCAUAGUCCAGCAGGUGGAAGGAUUUAGAGAGGUCUGUCUAUGGAUGGGACUCCUAUUGUGCACCAGACAGAACUGUUUAAAAAAUUGAUCCAAAUACAAAUUUUUGUCCACGUGAACCCUAGCAAAAUUGGGCAAAUUACAAAAUUUACAUCACGCAGUCCCUGUUUGACCCUUGUGUACUUGUGGAUUUGCAGAGUAUAACAUUAGCCUCACCCUUGUUCUCUUCCUUUGGUUCUUCUCGGAUGGUGUCGGCCUCCUUUGCUGCCGGAGGCGGACUGCUCUGUUUAAGCUCCAGGAGUUAGAACUGUGUCCGCUCCAGAGAAUGAACUACUGAUGAUCUGAAGGCCACCAAAAGUUUUCAGCAGCUUGUUGUGCAAGCAUGAGGAAGCUUCUUUGUGUGAGAAGAAAAAAAAGAAAAAUGUCAUCAUUAAUCUCUGCAACACAGGCGGUGUUCAUCAGUCUAAGGGGCAACGUAACCAUCAGAACGUCAUAUACACUGGGUGCGAGUGAACGCAAAGGGUGAUGCCAGGAGAGCCUGAAAGAAAGCGAGGAAGCAAGCCGCACUCCAUCCAGCAGCGUCCGCAUCCCUUCAUCAGCUUGCGGAGCUGAUACCUCAGGUCGGACAGUCCCCACUUCUUCUUCUUCUACUUGUCUUGCUCUGUCAUUGUUUUGGAUGGAGGCAUUUUACAGGUGAGGGGCAAAAGGAAAAGAGCCGUCCCAACUCCGGUUAUUUAGGAGAGUUGACAUUUUUCGUCGCACCAUAUCGGAUCAGGUGUCUGAUCUGCAGGACUGAGCAGGUUAAGAGGACUAUGUGUGAUUUGUUUUUUUUCUUGUCCGGGUCUGGUUUCAUGAUGCGGUGAAUGAUUCAGUUUCUCGUCGGACGGAGUUGAGUUGAACUUGGGAGUACUCUCAGACCGGGACGGAGGCAUCGGGAGGAUACUGGCUUUGGAUUCUGGGUGGAUGACAACAUGACUUGUCCCAACACAGGAAGAGUGACGUAUCAAAGCUUCACCUGAACCUGACUUCCGACCAGAAAACACUGAAGGACAUUUAAAGGCAGACCAUCAGAAAUCUAAACCAGCUGUCAGAUUUGGGUGGGCUUUUUCAGGAUCCACCGUUCUUUCCUCCACCACCUCCUCUCUUCCUCCCUUCCUCUCCCUCUUUUUCUGCCUUUCUCCACCCGUCGCUUCGGUCCGUCCUCAGAAGCCCCCUCCUCCGCUCUGCACCCCUCCCUCAGCGGUGCUCCGUCGCCCUGGGUGAGCGGGCAGGGGGGUGGCCCACGGUACCCCCCGACACCUGGGCGCCACCGAGCCGCCAGAGGCUGGUGAGGCGGCGGCAGGGUCAGCGCUGGGAAGAUGGCCGCUCUCGCCAGCUCCCUCAUUCGCCAGCGCAGGGAGGUCAAGGACCCCCAGGCAAACCGGCAGAUCGCCAGCAAGCGCAAGCCCUGCCCGAAGAGCAACAAGUCGCUCUGCCAGAAGCAAAUCCUAAUAUUAAUAUCAAAGGUUCGACUAUGUGGCAGUCGAGGGAGAAAAAUGGAAAAAAGACCAGAGCCCCAGCUGAAGGGCAUCGUCACGCGGCUCUACUGCAGACACGGCUUCUACCUCCAGAUGCUGCCGGAUGGCACCAUGGAAGGCACAAAGGACGAAAGCAGCUCCUUCUUGCAGUUCAACUUGAUUCCUGUGGGGCUCAGGAUAGUGGCCAUCCAGAGCACCAAGACGGGGCUCUACGUUGCCAUGAACAGCGAGGGCUACCUCUACACUUCGGAACACUUCACACCUGAGUGCAAGUUUAAGGAGUGUGUGUUUGAGAACUACUACGUCACCUACUCGUCCAUCCUGUACAGACAGACCCAGUCGGGACGGGCCUGGUACAUCGGCAUCAACCGGGACGGACAAGUCAUGAAGGGGAACCGAGUCAAGAAGACCAAGGGAGCUGCUCACUUCCUGCCCAAACUUAUUGAAGUCGCCAUGUACAGGGAGCCCUCUCUACAUGACGUCGCUGAGCAGAGUCCACCCAGAAAAACGCCCAAGACCUCCAGUGACUCGCCCGUGCUCCAGAACGGCAAGAAAGACCCUCAGUCCAAAACCAAAACCUCCUCCUCCUAGCGCUCAGAGACACUGGGGUGGAGGAGGUGUGGAUGACACGGGGCGAUGGGCACCAGCGGACACCUGAACAAGGUUGUUAGGGCUACCCGCCGCCUGCUGCCUGUAACACUGACCCCACAAUGCACUGGUGUAAACGUUGGAGAACGAGGAGCAGGUCCAGGCCAAUGGGAAGCCCCCUUUUACCUUCACAGACCCCUCCCCGCCCACAUCCACACCAGCCCUCCACCUUCUUAUUGAAUAACCUCUGUGAUUAGCAGAGCCUGGGAUAUACAAGCAAUAACUCCAUGAAGAGGUGAACAGUGGCCUAGCGUUGUAUAGCAUGUCUCCACAGCGUGUUCAAAGCAGCCGGAAGGAGAUCCCACACGCCUUCUAGCCGUCAUCAGCGACAUCCUUCCAGUCAACCAAAUAUCCGAGCAAAGUCUUCCUGGUUCUACCACAAUGGGUGCGAAGGGCAAAUCCGUCCCUCUGCAGCACAUACUUUACAAAUGGGUUGUGUUUUUAUUUCCCUGAAGGGUUUCAUGCUAAUGUUAGCUUGACACAGAGCCAUUCGAAUGCGAGGCUGUCAAAGAGACCCUUGCAGACUCUGGUUCUGCAGCCAUCUGCUCAGUCCACAUCUUCUGUGUGUGUCAGCAACUUUGCAAGAUGGCCUGAAUACUUGUCAGCCCUGUUUGUGUGUGUGGGUGACUGCGUGUACGUGUGUGUUCCCUUUUUCUUCUAUUCACCUUUGGCACGAUUUGAUUAGUUUGUGACAUGGACUCAAUUUUCCACUCUGCGGCACAAGAAAACCCCUCCCGUCCUCUCCGGCUCUGUUAAUGGAGUCUGGGGCUGAUCAGAAUCUUUCGACCCUUAAACGAGGGGCCAAGAGCUCCCUCGGCGCACCACAUAACCACACACACCCACACACACUCAUUUACACAAUGACAUUUACAAACACGCGCAGAGGUGUGUGUGUGUGUGUACUGCGCACACACACUUCAGCCGUCCCGAUGUCCAUGAGCGACGACCGCGGAAAACGAUCUCACGACUUAACACACUUAACACAAUGACACGCGUUAACACACACACACACUCGUGAAUGCUCGCAUACGUGUCGACACAGCGGCGAGUGUGUGCACCGGUUCAGGGAGAUGAUGAGGAUAUUAUCAGUGAGAUGGGAUAGUGAUGGAGCCUGACUGUGUAGCUUGUGAUUGCAGUGCAAUAGCUUUUUUCACUGUGGCUGGUCAUGCAUUGCAUAAACCCUCAAGGUCCUCACAGUAUGUGCAGACCCUGUUUCUCAGUGUGGCGUUCUUGGCUUCAAAAUAUAGAGUUGAAAUAUGCUUUUAUUUGGUUAUUGCAUCCAAAAUGUGCUGCUGUAUUAUAGCGGAUUUUUAAAGAAACUGCUUCUUCAGAUUACUUGCCGCCCCGUCACUGUCUACAAGACACAAAUAUCCUUCAUACCGUGUUCCUACCGUAAAAUACACCUUUGGAAUAUAACGUUCACUCGUUUUAAAGUCUUGGAAAACAGCUGUCUAGUGUCCUGACCUAAUUUAACCUGCCAAAUUUGUAACCCAGACUUGAUCCAAAUACAUACAACCUGAUAAUUCUUUGCAGAUUUCAAAUAUAUAGUGGGUUUACACCAGAAAACUGCCCAAAUUGACUCAAAAAUAUCAAUAUGCUGGUUACCCAGCUUUGUGAACACCCCUGAAAACAAAUGUGAAUCUUCAAAAAAAAAGCCUUUUGAUUCAUAUUUAUAAAGAAUUAACUGACAAAUAUCUGCGCAUGUUCACUUAUAAAAUGUCCUGUUGGUAUAAAAGUUGCUACAGAAUCAAUAUAGAGAAACAAUUUGUGUGUAAUAUAUGAUAAAUACACUACCUCAUUCAGUGGCUUUUAUUUAAUUAUUUUCUACAUUGUAAAUUAAUACGUAAGACAUCAAAACUGUAUAAGAAUACAUAUGGAAUUAUGUUGUAAACAAAAAAGUGUUAAUCUUCAAUAUUAAUCUACAAUGUAGAAAAUAAUACAAAUAAAUAAAAAGCACUGAAUGAGAAGGUGUGUCCAAACUUGUGACAGGUAGUGUAUGUCAUAUAGGAUUGGAAUCAGACUCAUGAUGAAGAAUUUUUAAAAAUGAUUCCACAAAUUAUUUUUUCUUGUUAAUACCUGGUUCUUACAUUUACCCACAAUGCAAUUCAACAGGAUUAAAUUUUAUGUAUGUUGUGCCAGUAGUGGCUAAUGUAGCCUCAGUAUGCUAGCUUCAAGCAGAGGUCAGCAGUGGGCUACGAUGGUGUGCUAAGCUAGCUAGCUUUCAAACUCCAUAUCCAGAAAAAUAAUAAAAUAGGCACACAAUUUAUCAGAUAUAAGAUGUUGAUGUUUUCUUCUAUAAUAAAUUACUAAAAAAUGUAAAAAUGCAAAGUAAAAUAUGCCAGGUUGGGAAGCAGAAUGGACUUUGAAAGACAGUAGGGCUGAAUUGCAUUAUGGGAAGUGCAGGAUCCAGGGGUUUUUUUGUGCUGGAUUCGAAUUAAGGAAUGAAAGUCAGGAUAUCUUGACAUCCGCUGCAUUGAUUUCGGCCAUUCUUUUUUUAAUCUAACUUUCACAAGCCCUCAAACUUUUUAGCAGUGCAAUACUAAAUCACUGGGGUGGUCCUUUAAGUCUUUAUUUGCUCUUGUGCAACAGUGUGGUUUCACAGAUUCUCUUUAAGCCACUAGUUUCUACUGAUUUUUAAUUAUAUUAAAGAUUCUGUUUUUAAAUGUCUUCUUAUGAGUCACCAUAAAUCUCUCUGGGAGGUUUUGAUGCAAAAAGGAAUUUCAAGCCUCAGUCCUGCGCUGUUAUUAAUGAGAAUUCAUGUAUUGUUAUUAUUACAUGAUGUAGCUGUUCUGUUCUGAGGAAAAAUAGGAAACCAAAGUCAUAUAUAUGUAAUGAAGCUGACAGCUGUAGAGGUGGAGGAUUCUUGAAACAGAAAGACAGAAGUGUUAGCUUUUGCUUUGAUCAUAUUUUUGUCAGCGUUUAUUCGGCAGACUCUCCUGGUAAAGAAAGUCACUAGCAAUAUGUAAUAUUUACUACUUCACUCUUCUCUUUCAGGAGACCUUGUUUUUUUUUUGUUUGUUUUUUUUGCAUUUCCAUUUGUUGUUUCCAUUCAACACGAAAAGCAAUCAUUCUUCAUAUCAAACUUUCUUGCUACAAUAUGCCAGGCAGGGUAAUUGUUUCUGCCUAAUGUUUAUGUAUUGUGGGAAGCGAGGGAGUCCUGUGUGUUCAGGAGGUAGAGGCGAGGCGAGAUUGAUGAUCAGGCCUCGGAGAGAGGGACCCAACAAAAGGAAGGGAAAGAAAGGAGGAGAGAAGAUUUUUUCGGGAGUGUAAUUAGCGAUGAUGAGCAGAACAAAAAAGAGAUUUAAGAGGGAAUUAUGGUAAUGUGGACAGUGUUCCCCGCACAUUUGCACACGCUCCUCCUUCCGUGAAUAAUCCCCUGCUCCCCUUGAACCUGUGGUUGUAAAUAAUAAUAGCUGAUAACCCGAUCAGGACGGAGGCGAGGCGCAAAGUAAUCUGCUACCUGAGAGAGGAAGGGAAGUGCAUCUGAGGAGAGUUUAUUUUCAAAGGGAGUAGAGAGUGGUCAAAUGAGGACUUAAAGGAAAGGAAGUAAGAAUAAACAGAAGGAGGUGCUUUAUAAUUUCAGCUUUCUUUUGAUUUAUUCAACACAAUCUACUGUUAAAACCUCCCAUUCUCACUCAAGACCUUAAUUAAACUGUUAAAUAGACCUUCAGGUUGGUGUGUUUGACCAGCCACCCCCUAUGGAUCGCUAAAUCCAGAACACAGUGUUUGACUAUUAUUUGCAAAGUAAUUACGCAAAUGUUUAAUUUAAUGAGGGCUCCUGCCUGCUAGAAUAGAAUUAAAGUAUGUCUCGGACUAGAUACUGUUAGAUGGGAGGAAUUCAGCAAAAAAAAGUCAAAUAAAAGACUUCUGUGGCACCGUGUAUUUUAAGGGCUGGGGAAUCUACAUUGCAAUAUUUUUUUAAUGUGUCAUGACUUGUUUUCGGAAUUCAAUCAGACUUUGAAUCAAAAGGGAAAAACAAGAGCCAUGAAGGAGAGUUAAGGGCUACAGUUUUAGUUGGAGAAAUGAAUGUGGAAUAUAGAAAUGACAAGAAGGCAUGUCUGCUUUAGUUUAAAUGAAGUUCCAGUGCAGUCUCAAACCUAAAUAUGGAACAGCUACAUUGGUCCACUGUGCAAAAACCUAUUAGUUUAACAAUAAUUUCUGUAAAAUACUGAGAUGACUAUCUACUCUUUUGUGUUGGUCGGUGUUGGUGUCAUGUGACUCACAAAGUUCACUGACUAGACCAUGGUUUAAUUCCCUUGUAGGACCAUUAUUUUAUGGUGUCGCUGUUGAGUCCCCUUUAGCUUUCAUUUUCAUCCACUGUUUCCAAUUGUUUUUAGUCACUGUUUUCAGGUUCAGUUUUCAGUCCUUCAUUUUCUGUCACUGUAUGUAUUCAGGUACCCUACAAAUCUACUUUAUUAAGUUUAGACACCAACAGUACUGGUUUCGGUUAAGGAAAACAUUGUAAUUCCGGUUAAAAUACACCUGUUUAAACACUUUUAAAUCACUGUUUUCAGUGGUUUUCAAUUACCUUUGCAUUGGUUUACCUACAAAGUUAAUGUUAAAUUUGAAUUGUUUUCUACGUUGCUACAGUCUCUUCCCAAGUAUAACCCCUAAAAAAUAAAAACAUCUCACUAAUUUACAGACACUUUUUUGUGAAAAUAAGCCAUUUUGCACUGUGGACCAACAUAACUAUGCUCCAUCUUUUUCUGAGACUGGGAUGGAAGUUCAAAUUAGAGAGUGACUUGUUUAAAUCAUGUUUACCAGCACAGUUAAAGGGGUCCUCCACUGAUUUUACACCAACAUGUAACUUUACCUGUCAUGAUCACCAGUGAAAUACUUGUCUUAUGUGGCAGCAGAUGAAGUGUUUUUACAAAAGGAGAAGCAAAUCUUUGUCACAUUGUUGCAGUUUGCAGAGAAAAUUUUGUUAAAAUGUAAACAUUCUCAGCUCACACAGACAUCAUCCAUCGUUACCCACAAGUCUUUUCAUCAGCUAAAUCAUUGUGAUCAAACAUUUGCUUUGCAUUCUGUCUGAACAUUCCUUUAAGUUAAAAUAACCCCGAUAAAGUCCUGAUGAUCAGCGUAAUCUCUUUAGAGCUUGAGGCUUUUUGACAGAAAGCUUACAUGACAAAAAACUGGAGCAAGAAAGACAUUGCAUUAUGGGAAAUGUAGUAUUUGGCUAUUUUGGAGCAGAUUGUGAGGAUAUUUUGACCAAUUCUGCUUCAAUUUUGCCUUUGAUCUGCAACUUUAUGAAGCCGAAAUUCACUGGAAGACCCCUUUAACAGUUAGAUAAAUAAACAUGAAUUCACAUUUUAUUUGUUUGCAGUAUUUGUAGGGCUGCAAUCAUUUCAUACCAGGCCUCAAACUCUGUGUUAAAAAAAGAGACUUUACAGCAUCAAGAGUCAACGUUUUCUUAAACCAAUCCAUCAGGAGCUCUUUUCAUUUCCGGCAGCCCGAUGUCAGUCAACACUGACAUCUAGUGAGUGAUGGCUUCAUAUCUCACUUCAUUAUUAUUGAGAUAUUCAUACUGCAGCUGUGUGUGCGUGGAUUCAGCAGUUAAACGUUACAAAUGAUCUAUAAGCCACUUAAAGCUGCGUCUCAUCGUUCCACUGUAGAAUAUGCAGACGAAUCAGCCUUUUAAUGCCAGUUGGAGGACUGUUAUUUGAAUUGUGGGAUCCGUUUGUGGCAUGAAAAAUGAAUAUUAGUCUCCAUGAUUCUUUCAUAUACUAUUAAAUAUUUUCUAUUUUCAGUCAGAAGCUGAGCAGAUAUUAUCUUUUGUAAGCAGAUAAAUGCUAUGAGGUGUUAUUCUUGGGCUAAAAGUGUGAGAAAUGUGUAUCCCGCUGUGUUUGCAGUGUUAUUGAUUUCCAGAAAUUACUAAGUCAUUUACUGUGAGCAGAGAGUUUGCAUGAUUGCAGAGUUUUGUGUGUGUUUUUCCGUGUUCACACUCUGAUUUCACUCUCUCUCUCUCUCUCUCUCUCUGAGUUCCUUUUGUUGAAGCCUGAAAUCAGCUUCUCUGUUCCGGCCCGUCUCCUCUCCAGCCUUCAGGCUUCACUUCAAAACGACCGUGCGUGAAUUACAGGAUGUAAAGUUUGCCAUUUAUCUCGGCGGCCGUCUAGCCGAGCUCAUGUUUGAUUAGCGACACCUCCCCCUUUCUCCCCACGCGGCUGAAUUUACUGCUUUUUACUGGCUGAUGAAUGUCUCCGGAUUCAGGCUCUAAAUGUUAAAUAUCGGCCCUUUGGAGAGCUUGGCAUCGCCGUUUCUUUAUAUAUGAAAAGAGAUGGGAGAGGUGUGAAUGUGUGGAGUUAAAUGAUGUAGAUCUGAUUCAGCUUCACACACACUCACACACACCUCUUUCUCCGGGGACUCCCUUCCAUCCCUUUUCUCCCGAGUCAGGGCCCUCCCUGCUUACUGAGCGAAUUACAACUGCAGAGAGAGGGUCAUCCGGGGUUGUGAAGGACUCAAAGCGAGGGAGAGAGAGUGAAAAGAGGGGAGAGGCAUGUGUCAUGUACUGUAGUGUAGCUAACUCGUGCCCUCGCAGCCUCGCUUUGAAGUUGCACAUCCUCUCUGCGAUCCCUUUUGGAAACAGCCAACACAACUUCCUCUUUAACCUGGAGGCAGUACCAGUGUGUGUGCGUGUCUGUGUGGCUAAACUACAUCACACACACAUCAGCUUUGGUCUUUGUGUGUAACUGUUGUGUUCCGUGACUGAAUAUCUCUGUGUGUCCAUUCUGUGUACCCAAGAAGAGAGAGAAUACAGUAUGAGGAGGGAGGAAGGAAAAUAGAGGAUAAAUCAGAGGCCAAAUCAAUGAGCAUGAGUCCUUGGGCAGAAAGCAAUAAAUUCCAUUAACAAGGUGCAGCCACAUUAUCUGGGAGGGUGUGAGAAGAAAGGAAAAAAAAAAAGAAGCAUACUACUGAUAUAGAAACCAAUUGCGUGUUUUAUUAGAGCUUUUAUUUUUUUAACACUUUGCCCUUUUUGUGAGCCGGCUCAUGCACUGUUUAAGUGUGUGUGUGUGUGUGUUACUUUGAGGUGGAGUCCCUUCACCACAUCUGCAAUGCAGCAGAAAACACAAAAAAAAAAAGAGAGAGGGAGGAAGAGAGAGUAGCUCACGUGCUCCGACAAAAGAGUGACGCCUCCCUGGGAUAUUUCAGCUGCUUUUGUUUUUUUUUUUUUUUAACAAAGAAGGGCUUUUAUAUUGGAAUCCUGUCACAUCCUGUGUAGCAUUAAAACAACUUCAUAUACAUAUAGAAAUCAGUUUCUUUUUUUUUGAAGGCACACCCACAGUCCCUGGACACAUCUGCAUUGAACACAUACACAGCACCCUGCACCAAGCCGGCGCAGAUGUGGCUAAAUGGGGUGACCUUUACAAGCAGAUCAUGGAGCGACUUCACCUCUUACAAGCUAAUGCGCCACCCAUGUUUUAGUGGUGACUUUACUCUGUAGUGUUUUUGUUUUUUUUAACUUCCCUUUGCCCCCCUCUGAAAGUGUAUUUUCUUUAAGAAAGUAUGGAAUUCCCAUUCAAAUUACUUGUUAAUUGUGAUGAAAUGAUAUGAGGUAAUAUAUGGCCCAUUGUAACUCCCUGUUAGUCUGUUCCUGUGUGUUGGUUUGAUGUGAUUUCUUUCGCUGUUUAAAUGCAUAUCUCUGUCUCUUCUUCACAUGUUGUGGGACACUUAGCUAAAAAAAAGAAGCUCAAUCUUCAAAGAGAGAUCCUUCUGAUCCCCCAGAAUCCACCUGUCAAUCACAGAACCGACCGACUGACCGACCUCCGACCUUUCGACGAGAUUUUAAUUGGCUCAACCGGCAGCAUGUGGACUGCUACGUUCGCCGUCUGUCUCACGCACCGACACAUCUCCCACAAGUGUGUGUGUGUGUGAUUCUGUGAUCGAUCCUCGAAGGACGUUUUUUGGACUUUUUCUUUCUUUUUUUGUACUGCAUGGCCGAUCCAACUUCUUGUGAGUCUUCCAGGAAGAUUUUAAGGGAAUUCACCGUUAUCUUACUUUCCUUCUCGUCUUCCAAAUGCAAAAAGAGUGCUUCAGUCUUCCAGUUAUCAAAGCCACAAUGACACUAUUUUUGUAUUCAAAAUGGGGCAAAAAUAUAUCUAUAUAUCUCUAUAUAUAAAUAUAUCCAUGCAGAUGUGGUUGGGGUGCAGUAACUCCCCCUGUUGCUGGCAAGGUGGAGUAACACAACUACUAGACGCCAUCCAAAAACCCAUGGAUCACUUGGAGGAAGGAGCUGAGAAGGACUUCGGAGAGUGCCAGGGACUUGCAGAUUGAAACUCCUGGGUUGAGAUAGAGGCUCACAGACGGGGCGGGACUACAGCAUGCAUGCGCCAAUCAUUUACUGGACACCUUCAAAGAAACAGUCUCUACCCAGUAUUUACUCUUUGACCCCCCCUUUAACCCCCUUAACCCCUCCACCCUCCUCAACACUCCUACUUUCCCCCCAACUCUUGUCUCUGCAUUUGCAAUAUGAUCCGUAUUUAUUUCUAUAAUAACUUACACAAAGUCAAGGGAGACGUAUUAUUGGAUAUAAUUGAAUAAAACAAACUAAUAUAUUUGUAUGAUUGUAA